AUGUUCAUGUCUAAUAAUGCGUGCUUGGUGCCUACUUCUUUCUGGCUUACUGGCAUCCCAGAGCUAGAGUCCCUGCACGUUUGGCUCUCCAUUCCCUUCAGCUCUAUGUACCUGCUGGCUGUGGUGGGAAAUGUCACCAUCCUGGCAGUGGUAAAGGUAGAACGCAGUCUGCACCAGCCCAUGUACUUCUUCCUGUGCAUGUUGGCUGUCAUUGACUUGGUCCUGUCAACCUCUACCAUGCCCAAACUGCUGGGCAUCUUCUGGUUCGGUGCCCACAACAUUGGCCUGGAUGCCUGCUUGGCCCAGAUGUUCUUCAUCCACUGCUUCGCCACUGUUGAGUCAGGCAUCUUCCUUGCUAUGGCUUUUGAUCGCUAUGUGGCCAUCUGUAACCCACUACACCAUACCUCAGUGCUCACUCACACAGUGGUGGGUCGUUUGGGCCUGGUUGCCUUCCUCCGUGGAGUACUCUACAUUGGACCCCUGCCCCUGAUGAUUCGCCUGAGACUGUCCCUUUACCGGACCCAAAUCAUUGCCCACUCCUACUGUGAGCACAUGGCCGUGGUCACCUUGGCAUGUGGUGACACAACAGUCAACGAUUUAUAUGGAAUGGGAAUUGGUUUCCUCGUAUUGAUCCUGGAUUCAUUAGCCAUCACUGCCUCCUAUGUGAUGAUUUUCAGGGCGGUAAUAGGGCUGGCUAGCCCUGAGGCCAGGCUUAAAACCCUAGGGACAUGCAGUUCUCACCUUUGUGCUAUCCUUGUCUUCUAUAUCCCUAUUGCUGUCUCCUCUCUCACUCACCGCUUUGGUCAUGUGCCUCCCCAUAUUCACAUCCUUUUGGCCAACUUUUACCUCCUUAUUCCACCCAUUCUCAACCCAGUUGUCUAUGCUAUCCGCACCAAACAGAUUCGAGAAAGACUUCUCCACAUUCUUAAGGCAGCAGCUCAACCCAAGUGA